CAGUUUGGCAACACCAAAAGCCCGGUUUAUGCCCUGUGAUGGUUCCAGAAAAGCAAGAAUCACUAAAGGCUAUUGUGUCAGGUUUGCCCAAUCCAUGCCACUUAACAGCCCGCCUCCAAGCCACCCCGUCUCUUCCUCUCUCCUCCUUCUGCCCUCCUGAUUUCAACACUCCCAGCUGGGGUUGGACAGGGUAGCCACAUAAAAAAGCAGGGCCUGAAGAGCUGGCCACACCUGGAGGGAGUCUCCAGCUGAGACAGCAUCAUGGUGAGACCCGUGGCCUGGGCAGGUUUGAUAGUUCUGCUGAUGAUCCAAUGGGGCUCUGCUUCGAAACUGGUCUGCUACUUCACCAACUGGUCCCAGGACAGAGAGGGUGUGGCUCGCUUCCUGCCCAAGGACGUGGACCCCAACCUGUGCACCCACCUUAUCUAUGCCUUUGCCGGCAUGGACAACAAUCACCAGCUCAGUGUCAUCCGGUGGAAUGACAAGACUCUCUACAAGGACUUCAAUGGCCUGAAGAAGAUGAACCCCAAGCUGAAGACCCUGCUGGCCAUCGGGGGCUGGAACUUCGACACCCAGAAGUUCACAAGUAUGGUGGCCACAGCCAACAACCGUCGGACCUUUAUCAACUCAGCCAUCAAGUUUCUGCGUAAAUACGACUUUGAUGGCCUUGACCUCGACUGGGAGUACCCAGGAAGCAGGGGAAGCCCCGCCUCGGACAAGCAGCGCUUCACAGCACUGGUGCAGGAGCUGGGUGACACCUUCAGGCAGGAAGCCCAGAGCUCAGGGAAGGAGCGCCUCCUCCUGAGUGCAGCUGUCCCGUCAGCGCGAGUCUACGUGGACGCUGGAUACGAGGUGGACAAAAUUGCUCAGAACCUGGAUUUCAUCAACCUCAUGGCCUACGACUUCCACGGCACAUGGGAGAAGAUCACAGGACACAACAGCCCUCUCUACAAGAGGCAAGGAGAGAGCAGUGCUGCGGCUGAGGUCAAUGUGGACUUUGCCGUGCGAUACUGGCUGCAGAGAGGGGCCCCUGCCAACAAACUGAUCCUUGGCAUGCCCACCUACGGACGGACCUUUACCCUGGCCUCCUCAUCAGACACUGGAGUGGGGGCCCCAGCCACAGGGCCUGGGACCCCCGGCCCCUUCACCAAGGAGGGAGGGGUGCUGGCUUACUAUGAGGUCUGCUCCUGGAAGGGUGCCACCAAGGUCAGGAUCCAGGACCAGAAGGUGCCCUACGCCUUCCAGGGCAACCAGUGGGUGGGUUUCGAUGAUGUGGAGAGCUUCAAAACUAAGGUCAGCUAUCUGAAGCAGAAAGGCCUGGGCGGGGCCAUGGUCUGGACACUGGACUUGGACGACUUCACAGGCUCCUUCUGCAACCAGGGCAGACACCCACUCAUCCGGACGCUGAGGCAGAAGCUGAGCCUCCCAUAUGUGCUGUCAGGUACCAGAGAGCCUGAAGUUCUCACAGCAGACAAGCCCUCUGAAACUGAGAGGGGGCACAGCCCUGGAGAAGACACCUUCUGACAGGGCAAAGCUGAUGGCCUCUACCCCAUCCCUCAGAAGCAGUCCAGCUACUACAUCUGUGAGUGGGGAAGGCUGUUCCUGCGGAGCUGCCCAGCAGGCCUGGUGUUCAACACCUCCUGCCAAUGCUGUACCUGGAAUUGAGUCCCAGACCCCUUCAGUCCCAGCCCCCAGGACCCCUCCACAGUCUGUCUCCCCAGCUUUCCCUGGGAGCUGUUAUCUAACUCCUGCAGGCCUCUCUGUGGUCUUCCCAACCAGGCUUUGUGCUCAGCCUUGGGUUCCUCUUUUCUGGGUCUCCUGGGCUGCCUCUCUCACUUGCAAAAUAAACCUCUUGGUUUGCACCCCU